GUCAACUGUCGUGAAUUGUCAACCUUAAAAGCUGUGCUGUGGCUUUUUGAUGUUUGGAUUUUUAUGAGAAAACUAUUUCAGAUCUAUUUUCAAUAGAUACGGUUUUAAUAACGGUUAAUUUAUCCCUAGGAACAAUCUCCCUUUUAGAUAUUGCAGGUUACUGUGCAUAUCUUCGAAUUAAUAUCAAAAUGAAUUGAAUCGGAGAUUUUUCGAUCAUGGAAUCUCCACCAAGUAGUUUUACUUGGUCUGAGGCUUUCAUAUUGAGUGAGGACAGUGGGCUGUUGCUUACAAAUAGCUCAAUAUCGAGCGGUAGUAUGAGUACAAGUAUGAAUGGUCAGAAUGGAGCAAGGCAAAAUGAGUUCCAGGACAGUGAUUGCGAAGACAAAUCUUUUUCACAAGAUGAUUCUCUAGAUGGUAUGUCAGAUAUUAUGUGUGGAGAAAAUUAUAAUACGUUAAAAAAAGGUGUUCAUUGGACUGAAUCAUUGAAACAAUCAUCACCAAUAGAACCUCCACUUGAAUUUCAGGAUAAACCUCAAACUUUUUUUAUGGAAAUUGCAAACUGGUAUGCACAUAGUAUGUCCAAUAAAAUUAUUUGUAUAGCCAUGAAUGAACUGAGGGAAAGCUAUCUGAGAAAGCUCAGGUUGUUCAACCACCUACAAAGGCCGAUACACUUUUCUACCCGUCAUUGUUGGAAUUCUGACUUUGUCACAUACAGUCCCUGCCAUUUAGGGAGACCAAAUUCCAGGAGUUCUUUAGGUUCUUCUCGGCUGUCCAGUUCGCACAAUUCUUUAUCGAUUCCCACAGCCCAUAAAGUUGAUGAUUCUAGUUUCAUUACACAGGCCGUAUCUCAUGACACCUUAUCGUCAAAUCAAAUCAGCGAUCUCUAUAAUGUACCGUUUGACAGUGACAUAUAUUCCCUGCCAAUAGAUGUUGUAAAGCCUACAGUGAAGCCACGAAAGAACGUCCAACAUAGGAAGAAACGAAGAAAUACUUCUUAUCAGUAUAGAGAGCUCGAAGUGAAAAACUAUUCAAAAAAGGAAUGUAUGAAGAUAGAGAAGGAGUCGAAUUUGAAUCAGAAAAGUAAGAAGCGACAUAGUUUAGCUGGUACAUCUACAGCAGAUGGCGAACCGAUCCAUAUGACGCUUGAGGAGGUACGUCACUACCUCCACACCUUGUAUUCAAGUUCUUCCGAUUCUUCAGACCACAAAGAGAGACUGACUAAAUCCCAACCUCCAAUAAUUUUAACGAAUAGCAAUAAGUAUCCGACAAAUACAAAAGUGAAAACAAUAUCUGUUAAGGAAUUACAAUGCAUAGAUAGUAGCGUUAUGAACGAUACUGGUAAUAAUAGUAAUAAUAGAGCUAAGAAAAAUACCUUCCUGAUUAACAUUAAGAACAAAAAAGUGAAAGAUUCCUGUGAUAAUAUUGGCAAAGAAUUAGUUAUAUCAAAUACAGUGGAUAAGAAGGAGGAGAAGAAGAAGAGAGCCAAUCCCAAGUUUUUCUCAUUCAAGCAAGCCUUAUGUAAUAUUUUUAAGUUUAGGAGGAUUUCAUCUGACCAUGGUGAUAAAAAGACCUACUGUAGCAAUGACAGUCUGCAGGGGGAGGGUCACAAUAUAGUUACUCGAGCUUUGCCACCUUUGCCUUCUAACAAACCGUCGGAGACCUUGGAUGAACAGCACACUCUUGAUUUCGCCACAAGCAUACAGAGAGUGAAAGAUUACGGAUGGUACUGGGGGCCCAUUUCAAGUGAGGCAGCCGAAAAGAUCCUAUCCAAUGAACCCGACGGCUCAUUCAUAGUGAGAGACAGCAGCGACGAUCAUUAUAUAUUCUCGUUGACUUUUAAGUUGAAUGAUUAUGUAAGACAUGUACGAAUAGACCAUGACCAGGGUAACUUCAGCUUUGGAAGUUGUACAAAGUUCAAAUCACAGACCAUUGUUGAGUUUAUCGAGAAUGCUGUUGAGCAUUCUCGUAGCGGAAGAUAUUUGUUUUUUUUGCAUCGGAGGCCUGUAAUAGGACCUGUGAGGGUGCAGUUACUACAUCCUGUGUCUAGGUUUAAGCAGAUCCAAAGUUUGCAACAUAUGUGCAGAUUUGUUAUACAUAAAGUGGUUAGAAGGGAUCUGAUUCCUGAUCUUCCCCUUCCUAGGAGGAUGAUUGACUAUUUGAAUACACCACAUUAUUACUCGGAAAAUUUGAUGGAUAUCGAAGAGAAUGUUGAAGAGCAACAAUCUGAACCUUUAAGCGAACAAUCAGUGCAGACAGAUGGGGCUACAAAUGAGCCUGGACUUCCUUCAAAUGACUAUGUUGUUUUAGAUAAUGACCUUGGGUCCAAUCCUCAGCAACCUAACCAUCGUCCUUGAGGGUACUGCAGUUUUUUGCCACCACUAUCAGUUUGGGCAUAUAGAGAGUACUUGUUGAGUGUUAUUGUUUCCUUUCAUUCAACAUAAAAAAAUCAAGAUAAAUUCUAUCUACGAGUAAAAAUUGAUGAUUUUCACCUUUGUAUAGCGAGAUAAUAACUUGAUACAGAGGCUAGGUGAUACUUCAGUAGCUUUAAAAGAAGGUUUGGAAAGAUUGAUUUAGGUCGCUCUGUAUGAGGGCUAUCUGGAAUUAGAUUUUUUAGACUAGCCUUUAUAGUAAGAAUAGACUUAAAUCACUAAGGUUAGGUUUAUGAGAUGUAUAUAGUUCUCUCUUUCGAAUUAUCUUGUUGGAAGAAUGAAAUCAAUUCAAAACUGCUUAUUGCAAUAUGUUAACAUCUAGUCUUCUUAUAUUUAGCCCUUAUAUUGUGUUGGAGAAAUUUUGGUAUUCCUUUCAUAUUAUUUAUUGCAUCAGAGGACCUUUAAGUGUACAAUAUUUUGGCUUGGAAAGAUUCAAUUAUUUAGAAGAGAAUUAUCUGAAUCAUUUUCUAUAAUACAGUUUAUAGUUUGGAAUAUCAUUUCCAAAUGUUUUGCUUUGCCAAUUAUGUUUAUUUUUAAUAUAGGUUGAAAUAAUAUUUGAGAAAAUAUCUUUGGGUUUCAUGUCUCUGUCCGAUUAGGUACUGUUUAAAGUAUUUCAAUUUGUUCAAAUUCUGAAUGAACUCAUUUGAUUGGUAAAAAUGAAUAAAUCUCAAAAUUUUUACAAGGUCAUCCGCCAAUCAACAAAUGAAAUUCGUUUAAGUUUCGAAUGAGGUGGUUUGCUUGGCUAAAAUGAAACACGCUUAAUCUUUUACAAGGCCAUCUGCUAUUCUACCAAUUCAUUCAAAUUUACGCUGAGCGUGUUUGAUUG